AGAACGCACGGGGGUUGACGGAUACUGGUGUUCGGGUAAACCCUUGGAAGAGCAGUGGAAUCAUGAGGAUAACAGAAUCAACGUGGGUGACUGUUUAAGCUACAAGUCUUAAAUAGGUGUCAUGGCCCGGUCUACCGACCCAUGACCUUCAGCGGAGAUCCCCGUAUGUCCGCCACCGUACACAUGGAGAUCACCCGUAUCUCCUCUACCUCCACUCCCCCGCUCGACCGAUACUCGUCCGACCACCCCGCUCGGAAGCGGGUCGACCUACGUCGACCCUCGUCGGACAUACGGUCCCCCUCGUCUGUCGACCAACCGGCUGACCGCCUCAGUCGACUCCUCGACCUUGCGACCACUGCCGGUCGACCUAUUCACCCGACACUCGGCCGACCAAUCGGGCCCCCUCCUAUAGUUGCCUAUAUAAGACUUGUAGCCCGACCGGUCGCCCGUGUCGAUUCUGUUAUCCUUGUGAUUCCACUGUUCUUCCGAGGGUUGUCCGAAUAGCAGCAUCGGUCAACCCCCGUGCGUUCUCCCCCUAACUCCGCCUCCGCUUCCCGUUCGGACUUCGUACUUCGCCGGUCCCGUCACCCCGUACGACGGGCCCUUACAAUAGGCAACUAUAGACGGGGGCCCGAUCGGGCGGCCGAGUGUCAGGCGAGUAGGUCGACUGACAGCUGUCACCAGGUUGAGGGUUCGACCGGGGCAG